AUGUCAUUUAUUCUCUUAUCUGUUAAAGGUUUUUCAACAACAAGACAAACAAAAGCUAAUACGACGAGUUCAGUAACAGCACCACCACCACCAACAACAACAACAACGACAACAACAUCACCACCAGUCAGUACAACAACAACAACACAACAGUCAGUCUCAACAAUUUUUUCUACGGCAAAAACUAUAAAUCAAACAUGUGAUAAGGUGAAUUUAACUUCAAUAACAUUACCAACAUUAACAACAGACAAUACGCAUGCAUCCUCACCAUCUUAUUCAGCAGUAACAAAUUCGAAACAUGAGACCACAGACAAGACGCAUGCAUCCUCACCAUCUUAUUCAGCAGUAACGAAUUCGAAACACGAGACCACAGACAAUACGCAUGCAUCCUCACCAUCUUAUUCAGCAGUAACGAAUUCGAAACACGAGACCACAGACAAGACGCAUGCAUCCUCACCAUCUUAUUCAGCAGUAACGAAUUCGAAACACGAGACCACAGACAAGACGCAUGCAUCCUCACCAUCUUAUUCAGCAGUAACGAAUUCGAAACACGAGACCACAGACAAGACGCAUGCAUCCUCACCAUCUUAUUCAGCAGUAACGAAUUCGAAACACGAGACCACAGACAAGACGCAUGCAUCCUCACCAUCUUAUUCAGCAGUAACGAAUUCGAAACACGAGACCACAGACAAGACGCAUGCAUCCUCACCAUCUUAUUCAGCAGUAACGAAUUCGAAACACGAGACCACAGGCAAGACGCAUGCAUCCUCACCAUCUUAUUCAGCAGCAACAACGGAAAGAUCAAGAUCGAACAAACUAUCCGAAUCAUUACUUUGUCAGUGCGUAAUUUUGUGUGUGGUUGCUGUCACUACCCGAUUUUGGAAUCUUAAAGUGUGCUGAACAGUGCAUUCAUGGAAUUUCCGGAAGCCAUUACGCCAUUGAAACAGAUUUGUAUGAAGUAUACACUUAACAAAUCUUCUAAAGCAACAUUCGGCCAAUAUCUUUUAAAUUACUUAAUCAACACUUCUGGAAUUUAUACACAUUUUUAAAGAUUAAUUGUUAAUAAUAUGUCAAGCCCCAUGUGGUUCUGGGACGAUCUGUGUAUGAAAAGAAUUGGAACCACUGCCUUACCCUUGCAUGAUUGUAAGAGGCGACUAAUUGGGUCUUAACACUUGGUUUUGCUGUAACUCUGUGAUUCCAGCAGGUAUGUAAAUUUUGAUUCCAUACCUCAUGUUUUUAUUUCGAUGUAAAUGAGAUGUGGAACCAAAAUUUAUAGUCCUGUUUGGCGCCAUAUAACCUAUACUGUGUUGGUGCGCCGUAAAACCCAAAUAAAUAAAUAAAUAAAUAAUAUGUCAAAGUUUAACCCUUACCCUGCUGAAUUUCUAUAAUGAACUUAUCAAUCUUUCAGUUUGGACAGUACCAUUAACUGGAGUGUUUACCAAAAAGAUACCGACUGAAUAGCGAACAGUGCAGAUCUUGAUCAGACUGCACGGAUGUGCAGGCUGAUCAUGAUCUGCACUGGUUGCAAAGACAGAACCAAUCGUGUCCAGCAUGCUAAGGGUUAAGGAAAAUGGAAUGAUGCAGUUACAUAAUUUUAUUUAUCUUAAUAUCUCUACAUUUUGAAAAAGUUGCAACAUACGAAAUAAUAAAAAGCAUUGCAUUUAUUUAGGUGAAUCACUCAUAUAUCUUUUAUGGUAAAUUAUACAGAAAACGAAUUUCACUUCGUUUAAGAACGUCCAUCUUAUAACCAGUACAGACUACAGAAAUGUAUAUAUUCCAAGAUUGUUUAGAACAUGCACAAGUAUGUCUAAUGCAUUGCAUUGCUUAAUUUAGAUCAAGAAGUGUUUUGCAUUAAAUGUUUCAAAAAUAAGCAAUGUAUAUUGUUGAUGUAUACAUAGAGAAUAUUUGUUUAUUUCAGUGUAAGAUCGAAAUAUAUUUCACCAUUUUACUUAAAAGCGUCAAUAAUUGUAGGUUAUUAGAUUUGUAUCGAGAAAUAUGCACGUGUUCCAUUGAAACUUAACAGAGUUUUAAAAUGGGUAUGUAAUAAAUAUCGAUAACUGACUCCGUUAAAAGGUGAUCACUCCCAAGUUCCUUAAUUGCAGAUAUAAAUGUAUGAAGUUGUAAAUAGAUUUAGUAUGACAUGAAGUAUAAUGUUUUGUAAAAUUGUGACAGUCAUGUUACGUUUAAUGUUCUGAUGAUGAGAUGUAUAAA